GUCGUAGAAUAGAUCGAUAUGGUUGAAUCACCAAGUCCCAACACCAAGUCUUCUAGUCAAGUAGAGUUGCACCAAGCAGCAAGUUGGAUCGAAAAAGGCGUAUCGAAAAGUCUACAAAGCAACUCUUUGUGGAAAGAAGCUACCCAGUAUUCCUUCACUAAGGAAUAUCCCGACCUGAUAUUGAAGAAAAUUACCCCCCUUCCCCUGGCUCUGAUAGAACAGUAUGCUUAUGUGGAGUCCAAAUGUUUUAUGGGUAUCUUUCCUGAGAUAGAAAGAGCUUGGUUUACCGUCGAUAAUAAGCUGUUCUUGUGGAACUACAGCCAAGAGAAUGACUUUAUAGCCUAUGAUGUUUCUGACCAAGUCAUUGUUUCGGUAUGUUUGGCAAGUCCGCGUCCUGGUGUUUUCACCGAGCGCUUUCGUUAUGUACUCAUCGUUGCCAAUACAGUGGAAAUACUCUUAUUUGGUGUAAAUGUUAGUACGCUAGCAACCAGUAAUUACAAUAUCUUACUCGUUCCAACAAAGUUCCGAGUAUCAACCGAUUUUGUUACUAUGUUAAGAAUAUGCAGCACUCCAGAAGGUCGAGUUUUUUUAUCAGGCAGUGAUGGCUGUCUUUAUGAAUUUGUCUAUGGAAGUUUUUCUGAUUCGUCACUUUUAUGGCUGAGGAACUGGAAGUCAAGUUACUGUAAGAAAGUCAACCAUUCCUUUAGUCUUGCACAAUAUUUCCUUCCUGAUAUUUUCAGAAGAUUUAUGGAUGAAGAUCCCUUAAUUGACAUUUGCUUUGAUCGAUUGCAUUCCUAUUUGUUCACUCUUUCAGAGAAAGGAUGGUUGACUUUGUAUCAUGUCUUCUCCAUUUCUCAUUUAUCACGUUCUUCCUAUGUCAACGUGCUAGAUGAUAUUGGCCGAUUUGGAGGAUUCGAAGCCAAGAAUCGCUCCAGAACAUUUCUAAAUAUUUUCUGUUCCUGUGAAACAGAGUCACCCGCUUCGUCCACUACAUUGGCUCGUACAAUUGAACUUGUCGUUUUUACUUCGUUGGGAGAAAGAAUUUAUUAUUCGGUAGUCCCCUCAGUUCUUAGCAGUUAUGUUCUGAAAGCGCAGAAAUAUCGACAUUUCCCUGCAUUAGAUGCAUCUCUUCCUCUUAUUCACGUUACAUUGUGGAGCAAAGGUUUCGUUCUGAUGGCAGAUGCUCGUGAUGUUAUGCAUGAUUCUAUUAUUGCUAUCCAACCUUCCAUCGGAAAGUUAUCACUUUUCAGUGAAUCGGACACUGAAGUGACACAUUCAGAGUCCAUAACACAAAUUUCUCUACAUGAAUUGGUUUCAGGAGUAGAUCCGAGUCUACGAGAACAAGCCAAUCUAUCACAAGUCAAGGCGUGGGAUUUUGCAGAAAAAACAUUUGAUUCAUCUCUUGCUAAUAAUGUUACGCUUGCGUGGGAAGAAGAGAGAAGUGUUUAUCUUUGUUUAACCAAUACUGCCUUGGUAGAAGUGGAACGUCAGCGACCCUUUGACCAUUUAUGUCACAUUUUGGAUUACGAACCAAACAAUCUAAAUUCUUUUAUCAAUCGAUAUGGCUUGGAUGAACUGUGUGCACUGUGUGUUUCUAUUGCUUCGACAACUUUGCAAGAAGACAAUCAGUUAUUCCCUAAAGUAAGCUCCAAGGCAGCAGAAGAAGCUGUUCGAAUAUUUUUUGCCUUUGGAGGUGUGCCACAAUGGGUGGAAGCUAUUCCUUCGCGAUCUGUCCAGAAUGGCACUAUGAGAAGAUUCGAUAUUGGAAGACCUGCGAAGAGUGUUUCAAGUGCAUUCAAGUUCUCUUCUGCACACAAUGGCGUAGUGACAAAGUUGUCUAGAGACGUUGCUAGGAUUUGGCACAGUCACUUUGUGAAGAAAGAGAGUGACUCUUUUAUAACUUUAUGUUGGACUCCACAGCAAAUGAAAGUUGUGAGGAUUCGUGUACAAGCAACUGCACGAUUCAUUCAAAAAUACAUUGUCUCUGGUAUUGAUUCCUCUUUCUCUUGGUUGUCACAUGGAGACAGAGAGACAACUGAAAACCGUUCCAUACAGGAUCGUCUCUAUCGGGAUCUUUUUCAACGAAAGAAGAUGGAGGAAGCGAAGAAAGCAGAAUAUCGUUCGCUACUUUCUCUUUAUCAUUUAGCUUGUCGGAUUUCGGAAGCUUUAUCGUUAAUUUCCAUAUUGUAUGACAAUCAGUUUCAUCGUCUUGUCUCAUCAUUGACCGAACCUUAUUACGCUUCAUUGCAACGAAUCACAUUUGGUGACUUUUGUGUGUCAGAAGCCGGUAGAAGACUAGCAUCUUCUCUAAUUACUACUUUAUUUCAAUAUAAUGGACAAGAAGAAGAAGGUUUGGUAGAAUCUUUGACGGAACUGUUGUCAUCUCAAUGCCCAUCUUUUUUUGGAAAAGAAGAACGUUGUUUACAAAGUGGUAUGGACUUAUUAUCCCGUGCUCGAUCACAAUUGCAAAUUUCUGAAGACACACAUCAAGUAUAUCAGCUCGUAGAACGCGCAAUUGAGGAGUUUAGAAAAGUUAUUCCCGUUAUCGAAAACUGGAAAGAGAUUUGUACCAAAAUAGAAUCGAUAGGUGCCAUAUCUCUUCUUUUUGGUUUCUUAUUGGAAGCCAUCGUCACUAUACGGUUCCAGCAACAAAGUGAAAAAUUGGAAGAAUGUUAUGAAAUUUUGUUAUCCUUGAUUCAACGAUAUUUGUUGAUUGAUGCAUCUUCUUUUUAUUGUUCUAAAGGAGAAAUAGCACAUGAGGAGACUUGGAAAGAUGCUAUUAUUCAAAGAAUAAGACAGUUGAAAGAUGAGGGUUUUUAUAAACGUUUGUGCUCGUAUUUAUUGUCGAUAGAUGAACGUGGAACUUCCUUGUUGAUUGGUUUAGCUUCUCCAUUUGUGGAGUCUUAUCUUCUGGAACAAGAACGCUAUGAUGUUCUUUGGAAGUAUUAUGGACAUGAAGGACGUUGUAAGGAAGCAGCUGCAGUUCUAGUGAAGCUUUCGAAAGAAUCACCUUCAUUGAGUUUGGAUGAGCGCAUCUCAUGGUUAGGACAAGCUUUGCAACUUGCUAAUCUUCAGUUGGCAAAGAGUGGAGGGUCAUCAGCGGAUGAGCGUGUCCUGGUGAAGGAAAUUCAGGAUUGUUUGGAUGUUGCCAAAAUACAAGUGAGAUGUAAGGAAGAGUUGGUUCGCAGACAUCCCUCAUAUUCCGAUAUAGAAGAGCCAAUGUUAUCUUAUGUUCAGUCGAUAGAUAAGAAAUUGAUGGAUCUCAGUACCAUCUAUAAUCAUAUAGCUCGACCCAUGGAACUCUGGGAAACGGAGUUGGAUAUUCUUCGUUGUGCCGAAUAUGAAGAUAUGGGAUUGGUGCAACAUUUGUGGAUCUGUUUGGUUGAUGAUUGUUUAUUUCCACAAAGUUCCAAAGAUACUGAUGUUUAUUCACCUAAUGGAGAAAAUUGGAAAUCACUGGAGAGGUUAUGUGUUCGACUUGGAAAGGAUUUUUCAUCCUCGAUGAAUAUAUUUCCUUUGAAUUUUUUGGUUCAAUUCUUAGAGCAACGCCACUUUGAAUGGCUUCAGCUUAGGACUGCAGAGACUGGACAUAUUUAUUUCGACGUACAUAUAUACCGUUGGUUUGUAUCCAUAGGUCAUUCUAGAGAUAUGAUUCUGUCAAGUUAUUGCAAAUGUCUUGAAGAAGGGCCUUCUUUUGUAGUUCCAUUAAGAAUGAGAGGAUCGUUCUGUGAAAUAACGAGUUGGUCACAUGAUAUUGCACAAUAUCAUCUGAUUCAAGUGAUUAAGAAUAUUAUUGAAGACAAGAUAUCAGCUGACGUACGAAUAUCUUCCCUAUUAUCUGGUCAGUCUGGGUUACGAGAAGAGAGUUUACAACGAGCUGUUUCUCUUUGUUGUAAUCGUUUACGUGUUCUUCAUGUGGAGGGACGAGAAGCACUUUUGAAUGCAUUUUCUACGUUGAAACGACUGUAGCUUUAUAUGAAGAGGAAAGAGAAAGUUAUCUUGGGAGUAUUCAGUAAUGUGAUGAUAGAUAUCUUUAUCAGUAUGCUUUGGCAUUGUCAAUUUUGUACUACAUAGCAUUCUACCUUUUAUUAGUAAUAAAGCGUUUAUGAUAAAU